GUAAAAUAAAAAGAAGAACUUAUGAAAAGAAGAAGAAUCCAAAUAAGAAAAAAAGGGUAAAUCAACAAGAGAUAGAAGAAAGAAAAAAGAAGCUAAAAGAAAAAGAAAAUCAAAUUAAAAAAGAAGAUAAGAAGACAAUGUUAGGGCUUGUUGUGGAAGAGAGAAAACCUUUUCAUUAUGGAUUUUAA